UCGGUGCUAAAUCUCGAGAAUCUGCAAAAUAAGGUGCUCUAAAAUGUACUCGGUGGUGAAAAUCCUAGCCAUAUUUGGACUAAUCGGUUUGGUGGUUCCUGUCGAUAGCGUCAGCAGGCCACUGCCUCCAUAUGUGGGCCUGCCCACACAGGAUGGUCUCACCCAAUUGUUCCUGAGUUCGCGGGUAACGCGUCGCGAUCCCAUGGCCUCGGUGGCCUGUUUCGGUGGUUAUAUUGGCGAAUCUAACCUAAUUGCGGAGUUAUACAGCGGUGAUUACAGCAAUUGCUCCCAGAGAAUGCAGAUUGGAAGGAAGGGCAUCGACAGUGACUUCCUGGCCACACGCAAGACUAUCAAACUUUCCUCGGACAGGGUCUGUGAGGAGCUAAGGGAAUGCAAUGCAAUCGAGAACACCCUGGACUCCUUCAACUGUCAUGCCACGGUGGGCUCCAACAACACCGUCUCCACCUACAGCAUCUCUGGCAAUGCCUCCGAAUCCGGCAGGAUGCUGCAGGAGCGUUACCGCGUGGUGGAUCUCCAGCAUGAGCAGUGCAUCCACAAGGCAGAGCGUAGCUACGUGGAAUCCACUGCCAAGAACUAUAACCAUCUGCAGGCCUGCCUGGAUGGCCGUGUCAAGCCGAAGCCUAUGCCUACGACCACAUCCUCGACAUCCUCAACAACGACGACGACCACUUCCACCACGACAACGACCACUGAGGCGCCAACCACCGAAGCACCCACGCAGUCCCCUUUAGACGCGGACGAUCAGUUCAAGAAGCUCUUGAAUUUGUUAAACUAAUGUCCAGCAAUGUGUAUAACUUUCUACGGAAGAAGCUUCGAAAUUAAAGAGGGGUAAUCCUUUAGCAAAACA